CCUCACACCCACAUUUGCUUAGCGUUACUGUGUUCUUUUUCUAAUCCUACUUCGUCCUUGUUCCUUCACUUCACUCUACCUUUUUUUCCUUUUUCGUAAUUCUAUUUUCUUAUGAAACAUUUCACUCCGAUUCCCCUCUCUCUCUCCGAUUCAUGCAUUUUCCUCUUUCUUAACGACGAUCCUGCGACAUAACACCGCUUCUUUCUCCUAGGGUUUCCCUGAAUCUAAUCCCAUGGCUAUCAAAGGCGUCGAUUUCAAGUGGUACGAUGGGUUUUUCUUGUCCAUGCUCGCCACCAGCGUAGUUAUUGUGGCAAUUAAUUGGAAACGGUACCAUUCUUGUACUCACCCGUUGCACAUAUGGAUCGUGGUUGACUACACUACUGUGUUUGUUUUCCGGCUCUUAAUGUUUGUUGAUAAUGGGCUAGCUGCGGGAAUGGGUUUAGAUUUUGGGUGGCAGCAGAGAUAUGCUCGAUUCUGUGGAAGAGUAGUUGUCCUUUCAAUCCUUGCAUUGCUUCUCUAUCCAUUUCUUUGGGCUUGGACAAUAAUUGGUACCCUGUGGUUCAGCAGUGCCAAGAAUUGUUUGCCUGAAGAGGGUCAGAAAUGGGGCUUCCUCAUCUGGUUACUUUUUAGCUACUGUGGACUCCUCUGCAUUGCUUGCAUGUCCUUGGGGAAGUGGUUGACACGAAGACAAGCACACUUAUUGCGUGCUCAACAGGGUAUCCCUGUAUCCGAAUAUGGAGUUCUGGUUGAUAUGAUCCGAGUGCCUGAUUGGGCAUUUGAAGCUGCUGGUCAAGAAACAAGGGGCAUGGGCCAAGACGCUGCUGCAUAUCAUCCAGGACUUUAUCUAACUCCAGCUCAGAGAGAAGCCGUUGAAGCUUUAAUUCAGGAACUCCCAAAGUUCAGGUUAAAGGCUGUUCCCACUGAUUGCAGUGAAUGCCCCAUCUGCUUAGAAGAGUUCCACGUAGGGAAUGAGGUCCGUGGCCUGCCUUGUGCUCAUAAUUUUCAUGUUGAAUGCAUUGAUGAGUGGCUUAGGCUGAAUGUGAAAUGUCCUCGGUGCCGUUGCUCGGUAUUUCCAAACCUUGAUCUUAGUGCUCUGUCCAAUCUCCGUGCUGAGCCCGAAAGAUCUUCUGCCAGUGUUGUGACAACAACCAGAUAUGUGAGAGGCCAACCAUCUAGUCAAAGUUACCGGUUAAGAUUACAGGGUCUUCUCCGUCCAGUCCGGUCUGAAAUUUCAGGGCCAGUUGGCGACACUGAUAAUGCUCUGGAAAAUGCUGAGAACGGUGCUGUACCAAUUUUGACUCAAAAUGCAUCAUAUGGAGGCCAUGACUUGUCUGUCGAACGCAUGCCUGUUAGUCUUUCCUCUGCGCAAAGUUAGAUUGCACUAUUUCUGAACUUGUUAUAUUUCUAACCCAUUCUAGAGAAGGUGAAGAGUGCAUAUCCAUAUCUGGCCAUGGUGCCCCAUUCUAACAAGAAAUUUUCAUGAUUGAUCCAUAAAGAAAUGGGUCAGUUUCUUGUCGGUGGUGGCAUCUUGGGUAGUAGGACUUGGAAGAUCUAAGUAUACCUUUUUGUUUAACUAACGUAGAUUAGAGCUGCAAAUUUGUAAUUGUCUUCUAUGUUAACAAAUUGUAAAGAGAGUUUAAAAUUCUAAUUAUAUGUUGAAUUCUGCUUUUACC